UUUCUGACGCCAUAUUUAUUUUACUAAAUACGACGCCAUUUUGCGGUUCGUCUUGUUCUCUCUGUGCAGUGACUGUGUUAUUUUCUUGAUUUUAGUGUUAUUUUGUGCUGUAAUUCUUAAAUUUUAGUGUUGUUUUUUUCCCUUCUGUGCUGUUCUAUCUGAAUCUAAAAUGCCGGGCGCCGGUACUUUCAAAAUCUUCGUCGGAAACCUCGCCGAUAAAACCACGGACGCCGAUCUAAGGCCGUUGUUCGAAAAGUACGGUACGGUCGUAGAAUGCGAUAUCGUCAGAAAUUACGGUUUCGUGCAUAUGGAAAACGAACAAGUCGGCCGCGAAGCUAUUCAGAAUCUUUACGGUGAGAUCGUUCACGGGCAAGCUAUUAAAAUCGAGGCGGCCAAGAGCCGCAAGGCGCCGUCGACUCCCACCACCAAAAUAUUCGUCGGUAACCUCACGGACAAGACGCGCGCGCCCGAGGUCCGCGAGCUGUUCCAGAAGUACGGCACCGUGGUGGAGUGCGACAUCGUGCGCAACUACGGAUUCGUGCACCUGGACGCGGCCGGCGACAUCAACGAGGCCAUCAAAGAGCUCAACGGCAUGAUGGUGGACGGCCAGCCCAUGAAGGUGCAGGUGUCCACGAGCCGCGUGCGCCAGCGCCCCGGCAUGGGCGACCCCGAGCAGUGCUACCGCUGCGGCCGCGGCGGCCACUGGUCCAAGGAGUGCCCCAAGGCGAUGGGCCCCGACCGCAACGGUUUCCGCGAUCGCGCGUUCGGCCGCGACCCCUACCCCCCGCCGCCGCCGCCGCCGUUCCUCCGCGAUCGCAUGAUGGGAGGAUUUGGGGACCCGUACGACGGCUACUACGAACGGGCGCGGUUCGACUCCCCGCGGGACCUGUUCGAGCGGCGCUACCCGGGCGGAGGCGGUCGCGAGCUCGGGCUGGGCGCGCGCGGCCGUGACUUCGCCUCGCCGCCGCUGCGCCGCGAGCCGCUGCCCCCGCUGCCGCCGCUGCCCCCCAUGCGCAGCUCCAUGGGAUCUAUGAGGUCGUCGUACGAUGCUAUGUUCAGCCGACGCAGUCCCCCAAGGGGACCCCAAAUGUCUAGGGGAAUGUAUGAAGACUUUAGCCGUGAUACCUUUGAUGACAGAAGGCCUGGCAUGCGUGGUCCGUCCCCUCCUAGAAGAUACGCUCCCUAUUAAAGAAAAUAAUAAUUUAGAAUAGAAUAUAGAUUUAUUAUGCUCAUGGUAAAUUGUCCUCAUCAUGACUAUUUUGAACGUAACACUGAGUUACUGAUCAGAAUUACAAUUUAAUUUGUAAGUUUGAAUGACUGCUACAAAUGUAUUGACUAGGGUGAUUGUGUAUGAUAUUUGUAAGGUUUGUAAAUAAAGCAAUGUUUGAUUUAAGUAUAAAA